AGGACCGUGGGGAGGUGGCUGGGGCCGGCAGCAGGUGCUGAGGGGCGGGAGGAUGGCGGCGGGGGACGCCGAGCAAGUGCGGUACUGCGGGAGGCUCUCCUACCUCUGCCUCAAGCUCACCCUCAUCACCUACUCCACCAUCUUCUGGGUGAUCGGAGCCCUUGUCCUCGCCAUUGGGAUUUAUGCAGAAGUUGAAAGACAGAAGUACAAGACUCUAGAAAGUGCCUUUCUAGCCCCAGCAAUUAUUUUAAUACUUUUGGGAAUUGUAAUGUUCCUGGUAUCUUUUGUUGGUGUUCUGGCUUCUCUAAGAGACAAUUUAUGCCUUCUUCAAGCAUUCAUGUACAUCCUUGGUAUCUGCUUGCUGAUUGAGCUGACUGGUGGAGUGGUGGCCCUCAUCUUCAAGAACCAGACAAUCAACUUUUUGAACGAUAAUAUAAGAAGAGGAAUUGAGAAUUACUAUGAUGACUUAGACUUCAAGAACAUAAUGGAUUCUGUUCAAAAGCGGUUUAAAUGCUGUGGUGGGGAGGAUUACAGAGAUUGGUCAAAAAACGCGUACCACAGCUGUACGGCGCCGGGGCCACUGGCCUGCGGGGUGCCCUACACUUGCUGUGUUGCCAACACGACAGGCAUAAUCAAUACUAUGUGUGGAUACAAAACAAUUGGGAAAGAGCGCUUGAGUGUUCAGCACAUCAUUUAUGUCCGUGGGUGCACCAAUGCAGUGCUUAUUUGGUUUUUGGACAACUACAACAUCAUGGCUGGUGUGCUGCUUGGUAUCUUGCUACCCCAGUUUCUGGGAGUAUUGCUGUCCUUGCUUUACAUAACUCGGGUGGAAGAUAUCAUCACUGAGCAUAAGCUGAGCGAAAGACUCUUUGAAGACGCAGGGCAGAGAUCUGCUCCUGAGUUUGCUGGAGCUGGGUGCUGCAUGUGUUACCCUGGGUGACUUGGAAACCUCAAACAAGGUUCCAGAAAGGCAAACCCACCUCUCCUGGUCUGUGCUGGCUCUUACAGACUGCGGGUGUAAGGAACCAGCCAGUGAACCAGCAGGGGCUCGACUGUGUGCUGAUACCUCCAUAGCCUUGCUGCUCUCAGUGUGUUGGCAAAUGAAGACACUCCAGGAGGUGCUUCUGGAUCAUUAAAUCUUUUUUUGAAUGAUUUCUGACUGAUACGCAGCCAGGGAAAAUUAUUCUGGGAAGAUUUGAAGGUAGAUUUAUAGGAAGAGCCUGUGUGUCUUGGGGUGUUGUAUUUAAAUGUUUGUCCCUUCCAACUUUAUUUUCAUAAUCUUUAAAAAAAAAAUUUCUUACUGAUCGACAUGGUAAAUAUUAAAUGUGUGUUUAAUAGUCUUUUUAUGCUAAUCUUGGUGAAUUUACUGCCAACAAUGGAUGUGAUACUGGACGCUUCCAUUGGUCAUUAUUUUGUGCCUUUUAAUAAUAGGGCAAAUGGCAAUGUCAAAUCAGUCAGGUCAUGAUUGAUAUAUUUUUAAUGAAGUUUAUUACUGUCUACCUUUUCUGUAAACUUACAAGAUGUUUGAGUCUUGUAUGUAAUGUAUUUUUCCUCUGUAGUAAAUUAAUUAGGUGAUUUAUGAUUUUCAUUGUUUUUUUGAGUUCUGUGUUUUUUUGAGUUCAGAUGUUUCUAAAUUUUAUUCUUGUCUUAAUAAAACCAGUAAGUUU